CAGCGCGCGGGUCCUGGCGGGGGGCGGGGCCACGCCAGCCCGGAAGAGGCGCCGCGCCGCGCAGGCCCCUUCCUUUCCAGCCUCGGCCCCGGACCCUGCCGCUGCUACGAUGUUGAUGCCCAAGAAGAACCGGAUUGCCAUUUAUGAGCUCCUUUUUAAGGAGGGAGUGAUGGUGGCCAAAAAAGAUGUCCAUAUGCCUAAGCACCCAGAGCUGGCAGACAAGAAUGUACCCAACCUUCACGUCAUGAAGGCCAUGCAGUCUCUCAAGUCUCGAGGCUACGUGAAGGAACAGUUUGCCUGGAGACAUUUCUACUGGUAUCUUACCAACGAGGGUAUCCAGUAUCUCCGUGAUUACCUCCACUUGCCCCCUGAGAUUGUGCCUGCCACCUUGCGCCGCAGCCGUCCUGAGACUGGCAGACCUCGGCCCAAAGGUCUGGAGGGUGAGCGACCUGCAAGACUCACAAGAGGGGAAGCCGACAGAGACACUUACAGACGGAGUGCUGUGCCCCCUGGUGCUGACAAGAAAGCCGAGGCUGGGGCUGGGUCAGCAACCGAAUUCCAGUUUAGAGGCGGAUUUGGUCGUGGACGUGGUCAGCCACCUCAGUAAUAUCGGAGGGGAUUAUUUUGUGUUGAAUAAACUUGUAGCCAGAAAACCUUAAA